UUGAGGAUGAUUGAUGAUUGAAGACAGUCUGGUUGGUUCUGUGAUUAUAUAGUCUGUCUGCAACUGAAUAUAUGAAAUAAAGUUAUAAUCCCUUAACAUUCUGAAUUUUAGGUAUAUUUUCUGGUAACUAUUUCUUUGCCCCUCACACAGCAGAACAAGGAAAUCAACAUAAACCACACCAGUUGAACAAGUAUGAAAAAUAAUGAGCUCAUCAUGAUUAACUAACCGACUUCUGGGUGGAUCAGCUACUAUGCUUCUGGCAAAACCUUCUAAGGUGCAGUGAGAAAAACCUAUCCUGGCUGGAGCCAAGAGACACAGAAGUGAUACCAGCCAAGAAUCUGCCCAAGCAUCAUGGCUACUAAAGGAAGGGCAUCAAAACAUUUCCUGAUAUGUGUGACCAUUUUGCUCAUUCAUGUGUGGAUGGUGAACUCACAAGGACACCCUCAAGUUUCAGACAUGAUUGUAGAGUUUAGCCAGACAGAUGCCCAGAUGGAUCAUAUAAGAGAAAAAAGAGAUGCUGCCACAACUACAAACUCCACAACUACUAUCUCAUCAACCAUAGCUCCCUCAUCAACAAACUUCACAACUACAGCUGCCACAACUACAAACUCCACAACUACAACUACAAAUUCCACAACGACAGCUUCCACAACUACAAACUCCACAACCACUAACUCUACAAACACUCCUGCCACAACUACAAACUCCACAACCACAAACUCUACAAACACAGAUGCCACAACUAUAAACUCCACAACUACUAUCUCAUCAACCAUAGCUCCCUCAUCAACAAACUUCACAACCACAGCUGCCACAACUACAAACUCCACAACUACAACUACAAAUUCCACAACGACAGCUUCCACAACUACAAACUCCCCAACCACUAACUCUACAAACACAGCUGCCACAACUACAAACUCCACAACCACAAACUCUACAAACACAGAUGCCACAACUAUAAACUUCACAACUACAACUCCUACAACUACAAAUUCCACAACGACAGCUUCCACAACUACAAACUCCCCAACCACUAACUCUACAAACACAGCUGCCACAACUACAAACUCCACAACCACUAACUCUACAAACACAGCUGCCACAACUACAAACUCCACAACCACUAACUCUACAAACACAGCUGCCACAACUACAAACUCCACAAACUCUACAAACACAGCUGCCACAACUACAAACCCCGCAACCACUGCUGCAAUGAACACAAACUCCAUAACCGCAGCUCCCACAACUACAAACUCCACAAGCCCUACAAACUCUACAAACACAGCUGCCACAACUACAAACUCCACAACCACUAACUCUACAAACACAGAUGCCACAACUAUAAACUCCACAACCACUAACUCUACAAACACAGCUGCUACAACUACAAACUCCACAACCACUAACUCUACAAACACAGCUGCCACAACUACAAACUCCACUAACUCUACAAACACAGCUGCCACAACUACAAACUCCACAACCACUAACUCUACAAACACAGCUGCUACAACUACAAACUCCACAACCACUAACUCUACAAACACAGCUGCCACAACUACAAACUCCACUAACUCUACAAACACAGCUGCCACAACUACAAACUCCACAACCACUAACUCUACAAACACAGCUGCUACAACUACAAACUCCACAACCACUAACUCUACAAACACAGCUGCCACAACUACAAACUCCACAACCACUAACUCUACAAACACAGCUGCCACAACUACAAACUCCACAACCACUAAUUCUACAAACACAGCUGCCACAACUACAAACCCCGCAACCACUAACUCUACAAACACAGCUGCCACAACUACAAACCCCGCAACCACUAACUCUACAAACACAGCUGCCACAACUACAAACCCCGCAACCACUAACUCUACAAACACAGCUGCCACAACUACAAACCCCGCAACCACUAACUCUACAAACACAGCUGCCACAACUACAAACCCCGCAACCACUAACUCUACAAACACAGCUGCCACAACUACAAACCCCGCAACCACUAACUCUACAAACACAGCUGCCACAACUACAAACUCCACAACUACUAUCUCAUCAACCAUAGCUCCCUCAUCAACAAACUUCACAACUACAGCUGCCACAACUACAAACUCCACAACUACAACUACAAAUUCCACAACGACAGCUUCCACAACUACAAACUCCACAACCACUAACUCUACAAACACUGCUGCCACAACUACAAACUCCACAACCACAAACUCUACAAACACAGAUGCCACAACUAUAAACUCCACAACUACUAUCUCAUCAACCAUAGCUCCCUCAUCAACAAACUUCACAACCACAGCUGCCACAACUACAAACUCCACAACUACAACUACAAAUUCCACAACGACAGCUUCCACAACUACAAACUCCCCAACCACUAACUCUACAAACACAGCUGCCACAACUACAAACUCCACAACCACAAACUCUACAAACACAGAUGCCACAACUAUAAACUUCACAACUACAACUCCUACAACUACAAAUUACACAACGACAGCUUCCACAACUACAAACUCCCCAACCACUAACUCUACAAACACAGCUGCCACAACUACAAACUCCACAACCACUAACUCUACAAACACAGCUGCCACAACUACAAACUCCACAACCACUAACUCUACAAACACAGCUGCCACAACUACAAACUCCACAAACUCUACAAACACAGCUGCCACAACUACAAACCCCGCAACCACUGCUGCAAUGAACACAAACUCCAUAACCGCAGCUCCCACAACUACAAACUCCACAAGCCCUACAAACUCUACAAACACAGCUGCCACAACUACAAACUCCACAACCACUAACUCUACAAACACAGAUGCCACAACUAUAAACUCCACAACCACUAACUCUACAAACACAGCUGCUACAACUACAAACUCCACAACCACUAACUCUACAAACACAGCUGCCACAACUACAAACUCCACUAACUCUACAAACACAGCUGCCACAACUACAAACUCCACAACCACUAACUCUACAAACACAGCUGCUACAACUACAAACUCCACAACCACUAACUCUACAAACACAGCUGCCACAACUACAAACCCCGCAACCACUAACUCUACAAACACAGCUGCCACAACUACAAACUCCACAACCACUAAUUCUACAAACACAGCUGCCACAACUACAAACCCCGCAACCACUAACUCUACAAACACAGCUGCCACAACUACAAACCCCGCAACCACUAACUCUACAAACACAGCUGCCACAACUACAAACCCCGCAACCACUAACUCUACAAACACAGCUGCCACAACUACAAACCCCGCAACCACUAACUCUACAAACACAGCUCCCACAACUACAAACUCCACAAGCCCAGCUGCCAUAACUACAAACUCCACAACCACAAACUCCACAACUACAAACCCUGCAACCACAGUGCCUCCAACUAAAUAUCUGAUGGAGAUGGACAUUGACAUAAUGAACACAGUAACACUUAAUCUCCUGAGGAACUUUUUGGAGUCACUCAGUUUACCCUUAAUAUAUAGUAACAUCAAUGUCACUGAAAUCAACAUCUCUACAGUGUGCCUUUUGAAUGGUACUGAAUAUCAGUGCAGGUGUGAGGAUCAGUAUUUCUGGCUGUAUGAAAAGUGCACAGUAUAUGGGUCUUGUGAUGACAUCACUGAUGGCUCGUGUGGCUGCAUCAAUGCUAUUCCAAAUGAAGGACAUUUCUGCCAACCAAUCAGUGAGCUGUCUAUGCCUCAGACUGAAUAUCUGGUGGAGAUUGAAAUUGGCACAAUUAACACAGAAGCACUUAAUAUGCUGAGGAAUAUUUUGAAGACACUCAGUUUACCCUUAAUAAAUAGUAACAUCAAUGUCACUGAAAUUAACAUCACUACAGUGUGCAGUUUGAAUGGUACUGAAUAUCAUUGCAUGUGUGAGGAUCAGUAUUUCUGGCCGUGUGAAAAGUGCACAGUAUAUGGAGCUUGUGAUGACAUCACCAAUGCCUCAUGUGGCUGCAUGAACGCUAUUCCAAAUGAUGGACACUUUUGCCAACCAAUCAGUGAGCUGACUAGUAUGUAUAAAGUAUAACGUAAAAAUUAGCACAUCUAAUAUGUGGUCUCUCAUUAUUCCAUUUGCAUAUAGUGUCUCUUUUAUUGGCAAAGGUCUGGUACGUAUUGAUGGUUUGUUUGCUAGCAAAUGAAACACAUGUUGCAUCAGACACUGCUUCUAGUGGUGUUAUCCACUAGCACCAACCUUUCACCUGUGCAAUGGGAAAAAAAAUUACUAAACCUUAAU